AGAGGUAUUUGAAGGCCAAUGGUGUUAGUGUUUGUCGCUUCUGGUAUCAGAUGACAGGGCAAUAGCUGCGGAACACGACGACACGUCUCUCUGUUUCUCUCUCUUUCUUUCAAUAUUUUGAAUUUUGAAUAUUAUUUAUAUAUAAGACUGUCACUGUUCGCAUCGCCACUUUCAGUUCUAGUUCGCCGCGCAGUACUCAUUUUCCAUUUGGCUUUCUCUGUGAAACUGCUCAACCUUUGGAUUUUGAAUUUAUAGAGAAAAAAAAAGGUUAAAAAUGUGGAAGCUGAAAAUCGCGGAAGGAGGGAAUCCAUGGCUGAGAACAGUGAACAAUCACGUUGGGAGACAGAUUUGGGAGUUCGAUCCCAACCUUGGAUCUCCUGAGGAAUUAGUGGAGAUCGAGAAAGCUCGUCUCAACUUCACCGAGAACAGGUUUCGAAAGAAGCAUAGCUCAGAUCUACUUAUGCGCUUUCAGUUUUCCAAGGAGAAUCCACUACCAGUGGUUUUACCUCCGGUCAAAGUUGAGGAAUCAGAAAAUGUUACAGAAGAGAUGGUCACCAAUACAUUACGGAGAGCUAUAAGUUUUCAUUCAUCUAUCCAGGCCCAUGAUGGGCAUUGGCCAGGUGAUUAUGGAGGUCCAAUGUUUCUUAUGCCUGGCUUGGUUAUUACUCUGUCUAUUACUGGGGCACUGAAUGCGGUCUUAUCAGAAGAGCAUAAAAAGGAGAUGUCACGUUAUCUCUAUAAUCAUCAGAAUGAAGACGGCGGGUGGGGCUUACACAUUGAGGGACCAAGUACGAUGUUUGGUACUGCAUUGAGUUAUGUGACUUUAAGAUUGCUUGGUGAAGGACCUAAUGAUGGGAAGGGGGCAAUGGAGAGAGGAAGAGAUUGGAUUUUGAAUCAUGGUGGUGCUACUGAAAUAACAUCAUGGGGGAAAAUGUGGCUUUCAGUGCUUGGAGCCUUUGAAUGGUCUGGAAAUAAUCCUUUGCCCCCUGAGAUAUGGCUUCUUCCUUAUAUGCUUCCAGUUCAUCCAGGAAGGAUGUGGUGUCACUGCCGGAUGGUCUAUUUGCCUAUGUCUUAUUUAUAUGGAAAGAGGUUUGUUGGCCCUAUCACACCAACAGUUUUGGCUUUGAGGAAGGAGCUUUAUACUAUUCCAUACCAUGAGAUAGAUUGGAAUCGAGCACGGAAUGCAUGUGCAAAGGAAGAUUUGUACUACCCUCACCCAUUGGUGCAGGAUAUUCUUUGGGCAUCCCUUCACAAGAUUGUUGAACCUAUUCUGAUGUGUUGGCCCGGAAAGAAGUUGAGAGAAAAGGCUCUCCAAACUGCAAUAGAGCACAUACACUAUGAAGACGAAAAUACUCGUUAUAUCUGCAUUGGGCCUGUAAACAAGGUGUUAAACAUGCUUUGCUGUUGGGUGGAAGACCCAAAUUCAGAGGCGUUCAAGUUGCAUCUUCCAAGACUUUAUGAUUAUCUAUGGGUUGCUGAAGAUGGCAUGAAAAUGCAGGGUUACAAUGGAAGUCAACUAUGGGACACUGCCUUUGCAGUUCAAGCAAUUCUUUCAACCAACCUUACUGAAGAGUACAGCUCAACUUUGAGGAAAGCAAACAUGUACUUACGGAACACACAGGUUCUAGAAGAUUGCCCUGGGGAUCUUAACUUUUGGUACCGUCACAUUUCCAAAGGUGCUUGGCCUUUUUCAACUGCAGAUCAUGGAUGGCCCAUUUCGGAUUGUACAGCUGAGGGAUUAAAAGCUGUUCUUUUAUUAUCAAAAAUACCCCCAGAAAUCGUUGGAGAACCGUUGGAAGCAAAACGAUUAUAUGAUGCUGUAAAUGUUAUUCUUUCACUUCAGAAUGGAGACGGUGGUUUUGCAACAUAUGAGCUCACAAGAUCAUACCCUUGGUUGGAGCUGAUCAACCCCGCAGAAACAUUUGGUGAUAUUGUUAUUGACUAUAGUUAUGUGGAAUGUACCUCAGCUGCAAUUCAAGCUUUGGUAUCUUUUAGAAAGUCACACCCUGGGCAUCGUCGAGAGGAAAUAGACCAAUGUAUCAAAAAGGCGACUAAAUUCAUUGAAAAUAUACAAGCCCCAGAUGGUUCAUGGUACGGCUCGUGGGGUGUUUGCUUCACCUAUGGUACAUGGUUUGGAGUGAAAGGAUUGGUGGCUGCCGGAAAGAACUUCAAUAACUCAUCUAGUAUCCAGAAGGCCUGCAAUUUUCUGCUGUCCAAACAGCUCCCCUCAGGUGGCUGGGGAGAAAGUUAUCUUUCAUGUCAAAACAAGGUUUACUCAAAUGUUGAGGGCAACAAACCACAUAUGGUAAACACUGGCUGGGCUAUGUUGGCUCUAAUUGAUGCUGGGCAGGCUGAGAGAGAUCCAACACCACUCCACAAAGGAGCUAAAUAUUUGAUAAAUUCCCAAAUGGAGGACGGUGAUUUCCCGCAACAGGAAAUUAUGGGAGUGUUCAACAGGAAUUGUAUGAUCAGUUACUCCGCGUAUCGCAACAUUUUCCCUAUUUGGGCAUUAGGCGAAUAUCGGACUCGAGUGUUGCAGCAGCGGACAACGUUGUAGAACAAUGGUAAUAACUAUAGUUGUUGCUACUGCUAUUAUAUGUUCACCAUUGUUAAUCGAUGCUGGUGCUUUUUAGUUUAUGGUAAAAGUUGCUUUAGCAACAAUCCUUGUGUGGAACACAAAGGACACCAAUGGGGUUAGCUAGAUUGGGGGUUCAUAUCAAAGACAUUGCAGUGCUUUCUGUAGCUAAAUAAUAGAUUUUAAAUAUAGGUGAGAUCGGUUUGGUCCGUCUUUUUUGA